AUGCGUCCAACUCCCGUCCGCAUAAGGGGCAAACGAAAGCGUGAACCGCCGCCUAUCCCAGUUUCCGUCGCUGCUGCGGACGGCACUCCAGGAAAGAUGAAGAGAUCGCUUGCUUCUGUCCGCGCCAGCCGCUUGUCUCGACAUCACACAGUCCUAGAGUCUCUGCCUGCCGAGCUGCUGGAAACCAUACUUUUGUACUCGGAAAGCCUCUCGCUCCCUCGAUCAAGUCACCUGAUUGGUGCCAAACUCUCUGGAAGAGCUACGCUUCUGCGACUAUUCAUGGUGGCUUUCCACGACACCUGGGACCAGUGGUUUGGCGUUCCCAAGACGCAAUGGCACGGGCCGAGAAUACAAGAGGAGGACGGGCCGUCGUUUGGCGGCGAUGCCGUGUUCCAGUCCGCGAUGCUCGAGCUCCCCUGGGUGGAUAUCGACUUCAUUCUUCAGGCCCAACAAGCCUGGUCAGACAGAUAUGCUCGAGACAGAUGGUAUCAACACAGCGUACCAUUUGAAGUUGAAGCCGGCAGCCAUCACUUGAACCACGACCAUCAGGGUGGGUUCUCGCACUUCAAUGCCCGUGACUGCUUCGAGGCAGACUACAGGCGAGCGCUCGCCUGGCCGGCAUUCAAAACCGAGUCCAUGAGCUGGGGCACACACGACCUUCACCCCAUGACCCGCCUGCCCGUCGAUCUAGUUACGGGCCCGUGGGACGACGAAAAGAAACGACGCCUGUUUUGGCUUGCCCGUGGCGGCCUCCAAAUGGGCGCCGAGAGUCGGAAUCCAGUUCCGGUGCCCUGGGAGACAAAGGUGGCAUGUCUCGAAAAUGCCGUCAUCAAUGCAGAAGAGCCUGACCCGCUCAUCAUCAACUGCCUCAUCGGCAACUGGGUAUUCCUGGACCUGCCAGAGGACAUCGUGCGGAAGCACCUCGUCAGUCUCGACAGACGUCUCGCGUGGGGGGGCGACGAGCCCGCCAGCAGGGGCAUUCUCCGACGGAUACGGAGCACCCUCGACGUGUUUAUGCAGCUUCCGCAAUACCAUCACAUGCCCGCUUGA